GGGUCCGUUUACCAGCUCGGGCCGUAGCGCGCUCACCGCCGGGAACUGGAAACAGCGGGCCCGGUGGGCAAGGUUGGCGCCAACGAUGGCUCCUCCGCCCAAAAGAGCCACGUUUCUCGCCAGGGGCCGCACUGUUACCCAGCACACGCCGCUGCCCUCAAAAUUUUAGUGGCCCGCCCACUUUCCCUCCAACUCUACUUGCAAACAUUCGUUCCCGUGCGGGAGUGGCACACUGCCUCCGGUCACCCGCCUCUUUCUUUAUUUAUUGCUUAAAACCCUUUCGCUCAUCAUAUAUUGGUGGCGGAGAGCCAAUAGGAGGGGAAAAGUGGAGCAACCGUGGCUUCCUACCGGUGUUUCGCCACUGAGUGGCCACAAGGGGUGCUUUCGGCGUCAUUGCAACAAGGCGAUCGUGAACUCUCAACAGACCGGAAAGGGAGAGGGAGGAAAGGGAAAGAAAGAUAAGGAGCGGAAGAAGAAGGGCACCCGUGACCGUGAGUUCCUCUGUUCGGAUUGGGGCGGACCAGGCGUUUCUCCGGUGCAUUGCAGGCAAAGACUGGCCGCCCUAGAAGUGGAGACUUGGAUUUAGAGCAGAGUGUCUGAUAUACGCAGACGAUAAAAAAGGGGCGUCGAUCAUCAUGCCUUGGCGCAAAGGCGAUGACUCGUCGCCUGAGGAGCUGGAGGUGGAAGACGUGAGAGAAAGGAUCACGUCGUCUCGUGCAAACCAGUUCGCGUUUCUGUCGAGCGAGUUGGGAUUAGACGGGCGUCAGCGGUACGGGGCCAAGAAUGGCGUCUCCAACGGCUUCAGAGGCUUCUCGAAGGGUUUCAUCAUCCUGCCGGACGGCCGGUUGUAUGGACUAUGGAUGAAGUUCAUACUCGUGUGGGCUAUCUACUCGUCAUUCUUUACGCCUCUGGAGUUUGGGUUCUUCAGGGGGCUGCCCAAGAACUUGUUUUUGCUCGAUAUUGCUGGGCAGUUAGCGUUCCUCGUCGACAUCGUCAUGCAAUUUUUCGUGGCUUACAGAGACGACCACACUUAUAAGAUGGUGUAUAAUCGCCAUAGUAUAGCUCUAAGGUACCUUAAAUCCGGAUUCAUUGUGGACAUUCUUAGUUGCUUACCAUGGGACUAUAUCUAUAGGAUCUGUGGGAGAAAAGAAGAAGUGAGAUAUCUCUUAUGGCUUCGGCUAAGUCGAGCUCGUAAAGUGGCAGAUUUCUUCCAAAGGCUAGAGAAGAACAUUCAGAUCAACUAUUUGUUCACAAGGAUUGUGAAACUUAUCGCUGUUGAGCUUUAUUGCACACAUACAGCUGCUUGCAUCUUUUAUUAUCUUGCCACAACUCUGCCAGAAUCACAAGAGGGUUAUACAUGGAUAGGGAGUUUACAGUUGGGCGAUUAUAGCUAUAACAAUUUUCGAGAAAUAUCUAUAGUAAGACGCUACGUGACAUCACUUUAUUUUGCCAUAGUCACCAUGGCAACAGUUGGGUAUGGAGAUAUACAUGCAGUCAAUACCAGAGAAAUGAUAUUCGUCAUGAUAUUUGUUUCUUUUGAUAUGAUUCUUGGUGCUUAUCUAAUUGGUAACAUGACUGCCUUAAUUGUGAAAGGAUCGAAGACUGAAAAGUUUAGGGACAAAAUGACAGACUUGAUUAAAUACAUGAAUAGAAAUAGACUUGGAAAAGAGAUUCGGGACCAGAUCAAAGGACACCUGCGUUUGCAGUAUGAGAGUAGUUACACUGAGGCUGCUAUUCUUCAGGAUAUUCCAGUGUCUAUCCGCGCUAAGAUCUCACAAACACUGUACAAGCCACUAAUUGAACAUAUUCCACUCUUUAGAGGAUGCAGUUCUGAGUUUAUUAAUCAAAUGGUAAUAAACCUGCAUGAAGAAUUCUUUCUGCCUGGGGAAGUGAUUUUGGAACAAGGAAAUGCUGUUGACCAGAUUUAUUUUGUUUGUCAUGGGAUGCUGGAAGAAGUGGGCAUCGGAGAAGAUGGGUCAGAGGAAACAGUUUCACUGCUUGAACCUAAUUCAUCAUUUGGUGAAACUGCCAUCCUCUGCAAUAUCCCUCAGCCUCAUACUGUCCGUGUUUGUGAAUUAUGUAGACUUUUGCGGCUUGACAAACAGUCUUUCACCAAUGUCCUGCAAAUUUAUUUCAUAGAUGGGCGGACAAUCCUGAGUAACCUCCUUGAGGUUAAAGAGUCAAAUAAUCGUAUCAAGCAACUGGAGUCUGAUAUCACAUUUCACAUUGGGAAGAAAGAAGCUGAACUUGCUCUUCGAGUAAAUAGUGCUGCUCAUCAUGGAGACCUGUAUCACCUGAAGGGUUUUGUUCGAGCUGGAGCAGACCCGAAAAAGACUGACUAUGAUGGACGAUCUGCUCUGCAUUUAUCGGCAUCAAAAGGCUAUACUGACAUCACUGCUUUCCUCAUUAAUGAAGGAGUUGACAUUAACUUAAAGGAUAAAUUUGGAAACUCACCACUGCUUGAAGCUAUCAAGAAUGGACAUGAUCAUGUUGCAUCUUUGCUCAUUCAGCAUGGUGCAUGUUUAGACAUUGAUGAUGCAGGAAGCUGUCUUUGUAAAGCUGUUGCUAAAGGGAAUUCGGAUUUCGUGAGGCGCCUUUUAGCACAUGGUGUCGACCCAAAUUCCAAAGAUUAUGAUAAUAGAACACCACUUCACAUUGCUGCAGCGCAGGGGAUGUAUUUAUUGGUGAAAAUUCUAUUGGAUGCUGGAGCGAAUGUGUUUCUAAAGGACAGAUGGGGUAAAACUCCUCUUGAUGAAGGCCGUAGAUCGGGAAGUAGACCAAUGGUGGAUUUACUUGAAUCUGCUAUGGCAUCACAGUCAUUGAAAUUCCAUGACUUCUAUGAAGAAAUACAAGUAGAGAAGCGUCAACGGAAGAAAUGCACUGUACUGCCCUUCCAUCCAUGGGAUCCAGAGGAGAAGAGAAGGGAAGGAAUCGUGAUGUGGAUUCCAGAUACGCUUGAUGAACUGAUCAAAUCAUCUGAAGAGAAGUUCAAUUUUUCAUCUUCACGUCUCUUAUCAGAGGACGCAGGUAGAAUUCUCGAUCUGGAAAUGAUUUCCGAUGGUCAGAGGUUAUAUUUAGUUAGUAAUGGUGAUGAGGGUCUGCGGGAAACGUAAGUAUCACAAGCAUCACGGCAGCACAGGCUUGUACUUUUUUUCGGGGGGUGGGAGGGAGGGAUA